AUUGACUCUCCUGUAAAUCCCAGAUCCAUCCUCUUUGCCCCAGGAGGUGACCCAGGAACCCAGAGCUGGACCCAGCAGAAGGAUGUUGGCAUUGGCUCUCCUCGCCUUACUUUGUGUGUCAGCUGAGUCCGUCCAGCCACGGGCAUCCUCCUACAAUGGAGAGUAUGGAGGAGGGGGAGGAGAGCGCUUCUCUCACUCGGGCAACCAGCUAGAUGGCCCCAUCACUGCCAUUCGAAUCCGAGUCAACAGAUACUACAUUGUGGGACUUCAGGUUCGAUAUGGCAAAGAAUGGAGCAACUAUGUUGGGGGUUCCCAGGGUGACCUGGAGGAGAUUUUUCUGUACCCCGGAGAGUCAAUCAUCCAAGUAUCUGGCAAAUAUAAAUACUACCUUCGGAAGUUGGUCUUUGUGACAGACAAGGGCCGAUACCUGCCUUUUGGCAAAGAUACAGGCACCAGCUUCAAUGCUGCCCCACUGUAUCCCAACACCGUUCUUCGAUUCAUCAGCGGCCGCUCUGGUUCCCUCAUCAAUGCUAUUGGCCUUCACUGGGAUGUUUACCCCAGUGAAUGCAGCAGCUGCUAACCAUCCAGACACAGCAGGCCCUCUCCUUGGAAAAGUUCUUGUUCCCUCAGGAACUACUAAAGUGAUUGAAUAAAAAGAUGUUGCUUAA